AUGAUGAGACUUGCACAAUUCGAUUAUAUCUUUGCUAUUGCAAUGAUCUUUGCAUUCUUGGAUGCUUGGAACAUUGGUGCAAAUGAUGUUGCCAACUCUUUUGCUUCUUCUAUUUCUUCAAGAUCAUUGAAAUACUGGCAAGCCAUGAUCCUUGCUGCUCUUUGUGAAUUCCUUGGUGCCGUUCUUGUCGGUAACAGAGUUUCAGAUACCAUCAGAAACAAGAUUUUCGAUGUCUCCGUUUUUGCUCAAGAACCAGCUGUUCUUAUGUGCACUAUGAUGUCUGCUCUUGUUGGAUCUUCUCUUUGGUUAACAUUGGCCACUUCUAUUGGUAUGCCUGUUUCUACUACCCACUCUAUUGUCGGUGGUACUAUAGGUGCAGCAAUUGGUGCUAAAGGUGGUAGCGUUAUUCAUUGGGGUUGGGGUGGUGUUGCUCAAAUCGUGGCCUCAUGGUUUAUUGCUCCUGCUAUUGCUGGUGGAUUUGCCAGUAUUAUUUUCUUGAUCUCCAAGUUUUCUGUUUUAGAGGUCAAAAAUUUACAGAGAUCCCUUAAGAAUGCUUUAUUGCUUGUGCCAUGCUUGGUUUUCCUUACCUUCUCUGUCUUGACUAUGUUAAUCGUAUGGAAGGGUUCUCCAAAGUUAAAGUUGAAUAAAUUAUCAACUGGUACAACAGUUGGUGCUAUUCUUGGCACUGGUGGUGUUGCUUUCGUUGUAUUUAUGAUCUUCUUCUACCCAUACUUCAGAAGAAAGUUAAUUCACAAUGAUUGGACUUUACCUUGGUACGGUUUCAUCUUUGGUCCAAUUUAUUACUUCAAGUCCACUGAUAGCAUCCCACCAAUGCCUGAAGGACAUGAAUUGGUAAUUGAUUACUAUGAAGGUAGACGUUACGAUAAUGACUCAACUCACUCUGCCAAGUCUGUUUCUUCUGAAGAUGAUGUUGAAAAGAGCGGGGAUAUUGUUACCACUUCUCCUGUUGCUGUUGUUUCAGCAGUUGAAGAACCUAAAAAGGAAACCACCAAACAAAAAUGGUGGAGAAUGUUAAAGGAAGGUCCAAAGUCAUGGCCAAGAUUGGCUUGGUUGGUUCUCAUUCAUGGGUUCGACCAAGAUAUUAUUCGUGAUCAAGUUCAAAAAAAGGAUGUUCUUUCUGGUGAUUUGAAGCGAUUACAUGGUAAGUCCAAGUACUAUGAUAACAAAAUUGAAUAUUUAUUCUCUCUUUUACAAGCCAUUACCGCUUGUACCAUGUCUUUUGCUCACGGUGCCAACGAUAUUUCUAAUGCAACUGGUCCAUUGGCUACUGUGUAUUUGGUUUGGACAACUAAUACUACUGCUAAGAAGGCAGACGUUCCAAUUUGGAUUCUUGCAUACGCCGCAGCUGCUUUGGUUAUUGGUGUUUGGACAUUUGGUUACAACAUUAUGAGAACUUUGGGUAACAAAUUGAUUUUACAAUCUCCUUCAAGAGGGUUUUCAAUCGAGUUGGGUGCUGCUUUAACUACAGUUAUUGCUACUCAAUUGGCUAUCCCUGUUUCCACCACUCAAUCUGCUGUUGGUGCCACAGUCUUUGUCGGGUUAUGUAACAAGGACAUAAGAUCAGUUAAUUGGAGAGUUGUUACCUGGUGUUACUUGGGUUGGAUUGUUACCUUGCCAUGCGCUGGUUUAGUAGCUGGUUUAUUGAACGGUAUUCUUGUCCACGCCCCAACCAAGGGGAUGACUUACGUUUUGUCUAAUUAG